GAGUAAAUUUAUUAAAGCGGAGUUCGUUUAACGAGAAUAAGAUCACUGUAAUUUUAAAGGAAGCAUCGGGGAAGCAUCGGUUAGAAAUUGAUAUCGUUUUUGUCUGGACAUAGGUUAUAUCAAUAAAGUGUGUUAUCGUUUGGUUGAGUACGAACUACAAAUUUUUUUUCGCAUCAAUGAUAUACUCUAUAUUACGAUUUCGUGUUGCUUAAAAAUAUGUUUUUAUAUCAAACAGAUUAAAAACGCGAUCAUAGUAACGCUCGGAAGAUAGUUAUCGUGUGAGUCGUGAGUUUAUCACGUGUCAUCUGAAUGUCCAAUGCUGUAUUCUGAUUACUGUUAACUGAUGCUAUAUAACUAAUACUACCUUGCAUCUUUACACUCAGCAAAACUGCUCGCAAACAAUGGAGAAAAUAUUAAUCGAGCCCAAAGACGGACUUGUGGUGUCAUGUUUGUCUAACCUUCUCGAAACGAGUGCCGAAAAGGCACUUGCAGGUGGUGAUACGUUCAAAGUUGGAUUAUCAGGGGGGUCUCUUGUAAAAUUAUUGGCACAGAGUUUACCUAACAUUACAACCGAUUGGAGCAAAUGGUACUUCUUUUUCUGUGACGAGAGAAUUGUCCCUUUUGACACUGCUGACUCAACUUAUGGAGAAUACAAAGCAAAGUUGAUCGGGAAAAUUCCAGUCACCGAUGAUCAGUUUAUAAAGAUUAAUCCUGAUUUAUCUGCUGAAGAGGCUGCAAAAGAUUACAUUAAGAAGAUGUCUGUGUUCUUUCCUCCCGAUCGUGUCCCAUGUUUCGAUGUGCUUCUGUUGGGACUGGGUCCAGAUGGACACACAUGUUCGCUCUUUCCUGGUCAUAAAGUUUUAAAUGAAACUAGUUUAUGGGUCUGCCCUAUUAAUGAUUCUCCUAAACCGCCUCCAUCUCGUAUUACUCUUACUCUUCCUGUGAUAAAUAAUGCAAAAAAAUGUGUAUUUGCCAUUACUGGAUCUGGCAAGGCUGAAAUGGUUAAGAAAAUCUUGCAAGAUAGAGAAAAUUUACCAGCCGCUCGUGUACAACCACACAAUGGGGAAUUAUAUUGGAUCCUAGAUGAAGAUGCUGCAAAACUUUUAGACACGGCCUAAACAAAUUUGAUAAAAUCAAUUACGACAUUCCACGUUAAUAUCAUGUUUCGAUUCUCGGCAAAUUUCUGGAACUCACUAUUUUGUAUACAUAUGUGCAUCUUACUUAAAAUGAUAUUUAAUAGAUUAACAAAUAACGAAACAAUUUCUGACAAUUUAUUGCUCAAAGGUGAUAUUUCUUUAUUUUAAUGUUAGAUAUUAUUCAAUGUAUAAUAGGUUGUGCUCUCAUGCAUUUUAAUAGAAUGAUUUUCUGAUACUUUAUAUUUUUGUUUAUAUUUGUAUGUGCCGAAUAGAUACGAUACAGUAAGACUUUUUGUAUUACUUCAGUAAUUUGUCGUCACCGUAAAAGUGUGCAAUUUAACUUCGAUAAUUAAAUUAUUUUGAAUAAAUUUGAGAAAUAAUGUAAACCAAAACUAGCAAACAUUAUUCGUGAAUUUACUAAUUCACACGAGAACAAUUAUCUUUGAUAAUAAAAUAAAAAUGUAUUAUGUUCCUAAAGAAUGUACAGGUAUCUAGAAUACAAUCAUUCUUUACAAA